AUGGAGCUGAGCAGGAGGAAAGUGCCUCUGUAUGGCCAGGCGAAGGUCUUUGCUUUGCUGCAGGGUUUAGACUCGGUGCCAGACGAUGCAGAGGUCUACAUUGUUUUGGAAGGAUCCACACUGGUCCACGUCACCAGGGCCCAGAGUGAUGUCAUGCUCUGCUUUAUAGUGCCUGGACAUAACCUGGCUGAGAUGGUCUCUGUCCAGGCCUACCUAUGCUCUGAAACCACACCCCUCACCUGGGUGGGUGGAGCUUCUCUGGAGUAUGUCCAGGAUGAUGCUCAGGACCUUGCGGAGCACUUGGUAAUCCAUGGACAUUGUCUGAGCUCCACCGAUCACAAGGAGCUGAGUAGCCUCUUCAACCUGGGCCAGGAGAGUUCUCGCUGGGCUAUGGAUCGCCGCGUGGCCCUGGCCAUGGCCAACCUCGAUAUCCCCCAAAACUGGAACGUACUGGGGAGCCACAGAGGAGACGAAUACAGUCCCAGGGAGUCUCCCCUCCACCUGGCAGUGCGAUGGGGUCUGUGUCGGCUUGCGGAGCUGUUGCUUUGCCAGCCGGGGGGUUUGAUGGCUGUCAGCCUGCCGAACGAAGAGGGAGUCACACCGCUGCAGCUGGCAAAGACAGCAAGCAACACUGAACUCCUGGAGCUACUGACACACCCACCCAACCCUCUUGCCACACCUCCAGCAGGUCUGUCCCAGGUGUGGGCAGACCGGUCUCGCUUGCUGAGGUACUGUCAUGACACCAGAAACCUGACACUGACCGUCCGACAAAGCCUGAGGUGGAGCUCAGAGGAAAGCCGGCACGCUGACAUCCUGCUUCUGAGAGACAGGCUCAGGGAUGAAGACUUCCUCAGAGAGAUCAAAGCACUGAGGAGGGAACGAGUGGAGACCAUCCUAGGGAAGGAAGAACUAGUGGAUGAUCCUGCAGAGAAUGGACUGUAUCCCAAUAUAAAUGGAGGAAACACAGCUGUGGAAGAAAAUGACUAUGAGGAGCCACUAAUGUUUUGCCUGAAUGAGGAGGACGAAGAGGACGAUCCAUCACAGUCUGACUCGGAGAAAAGCCAGUCCAUAAAGGAGAGCCAGGCCUCAUCCCCGACUCUGGCUGCAGCCGCCAGACUGUCAGCGAUGAUACAUGGCAAAGACAGAGUGUAUGCCAACGCCAUGCUGGUGGACCAGGUGGAUGAAGCUGACAUUAGAUACCGCUCUCCAGGGGAGGAGGAGGUGAGCCCUGCGCCCCAUGUUGGCAGCCAGUGCUGGGACUCCUUCUCCAUGACUUCUCAUGACUCAGGAAAGUGCUCGCAGAACCAGCACUCAUCCUCACCCCAUAAUGGGGUCAGGGGAAUCCAAGGCUCCAAUCUGGAGAGUCACAGGGAGCCAUCCCCUCGCCCCUCUCCCUUUGCUAACUCCCCGUCUUUUCCUUCCUCACCCCUGGCUUCCGCCUUUCGUUUGUUCGAAGGAGCACAGAGGCGUCAGACUCAACAGUGUCUGCCAGCUUCUCCUGCCUUGAAUCGCAGAGGAUGCAGCUUGACGGAGGCAAGCCGGGGCCUGAGUCCUAGUCUUGAGUGUGACAGUGGGGAAGAGGACAUCCUGGGACAUUCCUACCCCUGCUCAUCUUUAAAGCAGCAGGCCAUCCUGCGGUCGUGCUCGGGAGAGGAGAGGGACUCUUUCGACACGUCACCAGACUUCAACAGCACACAGAAGACCACCAAGAACCCAGAGGAAGUCGAGGUUCGCCUGCGCUCCUACUCCUGCUCCUCCCCCAAAGCCAAGCCUUCACGGCCACUGCUAAACCGAGACGCAGCCAUCACUGACCUGGCAGAAGGUGCAUUCAGCAGCAGCGGUCGUUCUCUACUUCAAGCUUUAUCUCUCUCUAAAUCCCUCUCUCGUCUCAACCAAGUUAAGCAGAGAGCCUUCAGCCUGACAGAGACGCCCAGAGAAAAGAGGGUUUUGGGUUUCCGUAAGCGGGCCCAGUCAGCAGAGGAGGAGAGCAGCGCAUCACUCCAACACCUCACCCUCACAGAGUUCCUCAAAGAGAUCGAGGAUGAGGAGUGGGAUAAAUACAUAAUCCCGUCUAAGGUUGAGUCAGAGAAGUACAAAGUCAGCCGGACUUUCAGCUUCCUCAAGAGCAGGAUGUCCAGCACUCGCAACAAGACCAAGGUGAAGGGGAAAGAGGUGAAGGAGGGAAAGGAGAAGUCAGGAGCCGCUAAUGGACACCAGUUUGCUCCUGUGUCUCCAUCUGGUCCCACUCUCUGUGUGGCCUGUGAUAAGUCUGUUUCUGGGAAGGAGCUGUUGCAGUGCUCCAACUGUUUCGUGAAUGUCCAUAGAAACUGUCGAGAAUCUGUUGCAGCCUGUGGAAAGAAGCUGCCGGAGAGGAAUGUAUUGCUGAUGAAAAGCAAGACCAUGUCUCUCCCACAGAACUCUGUCAAAGACAACUUCCCAGCUUCUCCUUCCUCUUCCUGUUCCCCCUCACUGCCAACGAUGACCAAAGAGAAAAGAGAAACAGUCGCCCCUCUCACCAAAAGCCUCUCCAUCUCUAUAGACAGCAGACGGCUGAGUGACUCAGCAGGGGUGGAUGGAGAGUGCAGUGCGACAUCUUGCACUAACAGCUUAUUGUCUGAUGAGGGAACACCGGUCACAACCACUCCGCCAUCCACCGACCCACCAAUCGUUACACAGGAUUCUGUAGAUGCUCCUCUACUGAGCGACCUGUCAGCUGACCUGCUGGGACUUGAUGCAGAGUCGUGGAGUUUGGCGGUCAGUCCCAAGUUCUGCAGACAACACGACAGGCACACCAUCAAACGACAGGAUGUUAUUUAUGAGCUGAUGCAGACAGAGCUGCACCACAUCCAAACGCUGACAGUCAUGUCAGAGGUGUUUAGGAGAGGCAUGUUGGAGGAGCUGCAGCUGGACUGGGACUGCGUGGCCCGGAUCUUCCCGUGCUUGGAUCCCUUGCUGCUCUUCCACAGGAACCUCUUUGGAGCGCUGCAGGAACGGCGACAGUCUGCAACCCAACCUGACAACCCCCGAAAUUAUCUCAUCCAGCAGAUUGGAGACAUACUGCUUCAGCAGUUCUCAGAUGAUAAUGCUGAGAAGAUGAAGCAGGUGUAUGGUGAGUUCUGCAGUCACCACACCGAGGCCGUCAGUGUCUUCAAAGAGCUACAGCAACAGAACAAGAAACUCCAAAACUUUGUUAAACAACAGAGCAAUAACUCUCUGGUCAGGCGGAGAGAGGUACCAGAAUUUAUCCUGCUGGUCACUCAGCGCAUCACCAAGUAUCCAGUGCUGCUGGAGAGGAUAUUACUGUACACUCAGGAGGGAGGUCAAGAACACGCUGACUUGUCAAGUGCCCUGGUUCAGAUCCGCGACGUCAUCGCUGCAGUGGACCUGACUGUGAGUAAGUACGAGAGGUGUCAGGAGCUGCAGGAAGUGCUGGCCCGGCUGGAGAACAAGAGCUUUGCCAAGCUAAAGAACGGCAAGGUGUUUCGCAAACAGGAUCUGCACAGCAAACACAGGGAUCUGCAGCAUAAAGGGCUGGUCUACUGGAAGACUGCCACAGGACGUCUAAAAGAUACUUUGGCGCUCCUGCUCACAGAUGUUCUGGUGUUCCUACAAGAGAAAGACCAGCGCUUCAUAUUUGCAGCGGUGGACCAGAAGCCUCCAGUAAUCCCUCUGCAGAAGCUCAUCGUUAGAGAAGUAGCCAAUGAGGAGAGAGGGAUGUUCCUUAUCUCUGCCUCCUCAGUGGGACCAGAGAUGUAUGAAGUUCACACCACCACCAGAGAGGAGAGGAAUGCGUGGAUGAGACACAUACGACAAGCUGUAGAGAGUUGUCCUGAAGAAGAGGAGGAGGAGGAGCAGCGGAGUGCUGAGACAGAGGAGGUCAGGAGAGCUGCAGAAGCAAGGGUUCAGAAGAUCAGCAAGUUCCAAGAGACACUGUUGGGUCAGGAUCAGCGUAUCUGCAACAGCCUGGAGGAAAAGUUACAGCUGUAUGCUGAGCUUACUGAGUUAACCCUCCGCUCACCAGAAGUGGUACCACGUCGCCAUCUGCUGGUACAACCAGACAGGGACAGUGAGUUGCCACGACAGGCCUCCUCACUGCUCACAGCAGCACUCACAGAAGCAGAGAACCUGAUCACCAUUCUUCAGGUUCAUGAUGGCCUUUCUGUACAAAGUCAGAGCUCUCCUGUCCGAGGACCAGAGUGCUGCAGCUACAACAGUCAUGGCAGCAGCAUCCAGGAGUCUCCCUCUGAACCAGAUUAUCUCAGCACGCUUAGUAUGAGCUCUACCUCUCUUGGAUCAGACACAGAGCUGACAGGGCUGGAUAGCGCAUUGUGGAGCUCUGCUGUCGAGCUGAGAAGAGGAGACACCAAAGGGACACUGUUAAAGGUGACAGAGAGCGUCCAGAACCUGACUCAGCUUCUCUAUAGUCUGCAGGCUGCUGUUACCCUCCAGGACAGCUGCUAUGAAGUCCAGAAACUCCUUCUCCAGGAUGGAGAAAAACCUCAGCUCCGAACCCUCUCUUCACUCCAAACUAGUCUGGAGCAGGAGAAGCAGAGAAGUAUUGAUAAGAAGAAAGAAGAAUUAGAAAAGAAGAGUUUUGAGAGGAAGAAAGAAGAGGUGGAUGAGGUGCAGAAACUCUAUUCGAAGCUGAAACAGGAGCAGCAGCGCUGGGACAAGGAGUGUCUGGUGAGAGAGAGACAACAGAGUGAGCAGGAGAGUGUGCUGGAGCAGCGAGAGCAGCAGUGCCUCUUGGAGGCUGAGCGUCUGCGCAGUGAGCGUGACGAGCUGGAGGCCCAACUGCUGGAGUACCAGCAAAAUCUGGACAGACUGAGAGAGGGCCAGCGGAUAGUGGAGAGGGAGAAGGAGAAGAUUGAUGCCCAGCAGAGGCUUCUCCAGAGCUGGAGACACAACCGCCAGAGCAGCCUGCCAGUUACAAUACCACUGGAUGGAUACAAGGUGUCCAGUCACAGCCGCUCAGGCAGCCUGGAUGGUAGCAUUUCAGUGUACGAAAAUGAGGCGGCUUUGCUCACCUCCCUCCAGCAUAAACACCCCCACCAGCCCACCAACAACAACCAGCACCAGUGUCUGCUCUCCACGUCGAGGAAGAACCAUGAUGGCCCCCUGCAUGGCUCCAGCUACACGGCUAACCUCGGCCUCAGCCCCAGCCUCUACAACAGCCUCAACACCCUACUGAGCCAGGCACACAGCAAACAGCCUCCAGAUGGUCUGACGUACCCAAACUACAGUAACAAUCACGGCUGUCCUCGGCCUCUGAAUGACUCUGUCCACCCAUUCAGCAGCAGGGUCACUGCACAGUCACAGAGGACCAACAACACAGACUUCAGUCCACCAUUGGACAGGCGAUCCCUGGGUCCCUGGAGGUCAGAGGUCACAGGUCACGGACAUUAUGAGGACUUCUCUUCCUCUCCCUCUCUUACCCCACUCCUACCCCCUCAGGCUUACCUCUCUCUUGAAGGACAGAAUGGCGAGGAGGGAGCUGAGGAGAACAUUGUUUAUCUCUGAGAAUCAUUCGAGAGACACAGUCAACGCAAGCUGCCUGAUAUAUAACUGGACCGACAAUAAUAUAUCUGUUGCUUAUAUGUGUUUGUGAAUGUGUGCAUUUGCAUCCAUCUACACGUGAUGCAUAUAAUUUCAUUUUUAAAUACCUGUAUAGUCAAAUAAGGGAAUAGUUGCAGGGAAGAAGAGGAGAGAAGAAGAAGAACCACAGAUGUGGUUCUUGUGCCUUUAUCAGUGUAUGUCAACCAUUAGUCAUCCUUUCCCGUGACCUUUGUGCCUUCUUUGUAAUUCAGCCUUUAUAUUUUUACUUCUACCAUGUUGUUACUUCUACUAUAGUUAUUUUUAGUAUCUGCUGGAAAUGCUGAGGUACCUUUGUGCUACAAACACUGGGACCCAAAGCACCAGAAAAUCUGGAUUAUUAUUAUUAAUGUUAUUUUCCUGUGAGCACUUAAAAGAUCAUGGAAAUAUUUGAGAAGCAAAUUAAGUCCUUCCCCAAACUAUGUAUAAAGUGAUAUUAUUUCUCCAUGUUAUCUUUAAUUAUAUUUAUGAGGGAUGGUGAUCAUCUAAAAGACAUAUAAAUACACUGACAUUAUUGUAUAAAUAUUAUAUAUAUAUAUAGUUUAUUAUAUUGAAAGGCUACCUAUGCACACUAUGUUCAAAGAGGAACUUUGUUUUUCUCACUUAAGUGCCAAAAAUCUUGCUGUUACUGUAAUUAAUUUCUGUAAAGAAUAGCUGUAUUUUUUUUCUGUUAAUCUCCUUUUCUGAUAAUUUAUUGUAAGUAUUGUAUGUAUUGCUUAAUGCACUGUCAACAUUAAUAAUUAUUUGAUUGAUAUGUGUUCUCUUGUAAUCUAUGUAAUCAGAAUUGUGA